UACGCACGGAGCGGCGUUGCCCGUCAAUAGCAUUGGAGUUACGCUUCUGGGUUAAUCUGUGUUCUUUGAUGUAGUGUUGCACCGAACGUCUUUCGGUGUGGUUGUGAUAGUACGAGUAUUUUUAUAAGUAGUGUCAAACAAUGAUGUGCACAUGGGGAAUUCCUCAUGUUGUGGCAGAUCACAUGGAGCCCUGGUGAAUGAGGGGUCAGUUUUGGACCGUGUCAUUUCACAAGCUUCUGAUCAUGAUGAAUGCUUGUUGUACAGGCUUGCAAAUUAUAAAAAUGGCGGCGAACUUAUUGAUGCUUACAAUGUGGGAGGCCAAGCUGAAGUGGAGAAAUUGAUAAAAGAACAGUUUGGAGUGUUGAUGUAUGCAGAUGGGAAAGGACAGGUUAUAAACAGGGCUGAGUAUUUACGAUGGAAGUUCAGAGGCCAAGAACAGGUAAUUCUUCCAAUUGAAGCAUCGUUGAGUCAACAUGAUCCACUUGCGAAGUGGACUGACCAUGAAGCAUGUUGGCAAAUGCAGUACCGUGGCUCACUGGGUGAAACGCUACUGCAUGUACUCAUCAUAUGCGACACAAAGGUUCACACACGGCUAGCUCGCACUCUGCUGAAGUGUUUUCCAAAAUUAUCUAUAGACGUUGUAGAGGGCGAAGAAUACUUGGGAGCUAGUGCUUUGCACCUAGCAAUCGCCUAUGCUAAUAAUGAACUCGUUCAGGACCUCGUAGAAGCAGGAGCGAAUGUUUCACAAAGAGCCAUAGGUAGCUUCUUUCUACCGAGGGAUCAACAAAGGUCAAGACCUAGUAAACAUACAGAUUAUGAAGGUUUGGCGUAUCUAGGAGAGUUUCCAUUGGCUUGGGCUGCGUGUUGUUCCAAUGAAAGUGUUUAUAAUCUUCUUCUUGACUCGGGUGCAAGUCCUGAUGCUCAGGACUCGUUUGGGAACAUGAUCCUACACAUGGUGGUUGUCUGUGACAAGUUGGAUAUGUUUGGGUAUGCAUUACGUCAUCCAAAGUUACCUGCCAGCAAUGGAAUUGUUAACUUAUCAGGUCUCACUCCGCUCACACUUGCCUGUAAGCUAGGUCGAGCCGAGGUUUUCCGAGAGAUGCUGGAACUCAGUGCAAGAGAAUUCUGGCGAUACAGUAAUAUCACUUGUUCAGCCUAUCCAUUAAAUGCACUGGAUACUUUGUUGCCCGAUGGACGAACCAACUGGAAUUCAGCACUUUUCAUAAUCUUGAAUGGAACAAAAGAGGAGCAUUUAGAUAUGUUAGAUGGAGGAAUUAUUCAGCGAUUGUUGGAAGAAAAGUGGAAGACAUUUGCUAGGAAUCAGUUCCUGAAACGUCUAGCUAUAUUGUUCCUUCAUCUCUUUACGCUCAGUAUGGCCAUUUAUUUGAGACCAGUUGACCGUAAUAAGCCUCUUUUGGGUGGAACAGACUGGAAUGACUUGGCUCGCUAUGGUUUUGAAAUUGGGACUGUUAUUGGUGUGCUGUGCUACGUCAUUGUCCAGCAGGGCGAAGAAAUUAAGAAUCAAGGCUUCUGGAGUUUCUGUAAACAGCUGAUGCAUUCUCCAGAUAAAGCCAUCUUCCUGCUGUCAAACUUACUGAUUCUGGCAUGCAUUCCAUUUCGACUAACUGGAGAUGUUAUAACUGAGGAAGCAAUUUUAGUAUUUGCACUUCCUGGUUCAUGGUUUUUGCUCAUGUUCUUUGCCGGUGCUGUUCGCUUGACUGGGCCAUUUGUUACAAUGGUGUAUUCUAUGAUAGUUGGUGACAUGCUUACAUUCGGUAUGAUCUAUUCAAUUGUUUUAUUUGGCUUCUCACAAUCAUUCUACUUCUUGUACAAAGGAUUUCCUGGAGUUAAAACAUCUCUAUACCAUUCUUAUUCUUCAACAUGGAUGGCUUUGUUUCAGAUUACACUUGGUGAUUAUAAUUAUUCAGAGUUGAGUCUCACAUCGUAUCCAACUUUAGCAAAGACAGUCUUCACAAUUUUUAUGAUUCUUGUACCAAUUCUGCUAUUAAACAUGUUGAUUGCCAUGAUGGGCAAUACGUACGCUCAUGUCAUCGAACAGAGUGAGAAGGAGUGGAUGAAACAGUGGGCAAAGAUUGUUGUAAGUUUGGAAAGAGCUGUGAACCAGGCAGAUGCGCAUCAUUACCUACAAGAGUACAGCAUCUCACUGGGUGCUGGAGAUGACCCCAAUACUGAACAGAGGGGGGUCAUGGUUAUUAAGAGCAAGAGUAAGACACGGGCUAAACAGCGCAAAGGUGCUGUCAGCAACUGGAAGCGUGUUGGGAAGGUGACAAUUAGAGAACUCAAGAAACGAGGAAUAACUGGCGAGGAACUGCGAAGGUUGAUGUGGGACCGAGCAGAUAUUUCUACUCCAGUACGAAUUCCUGCAAGUCCAGAUUCUCUGACCGAGCCAGAUCCAACUGUUGGCUUUGGGGAUGCUCUGACUGCAGCGCUGGAUGUGAUGGCAUUUACUAAUGAUCUGGACUUGAGCGUACCUACGCAGCCAUUAACAAAACCAGGAACGCCACAGGUGCCAGUCCCAGCGCCGUCCCUUCCUCCGGCUAUGAUGUCGGCAACUCUCAGUGUACCAGCCGAGGCAGCAGGCGGGCGCGUCACUAACACGUUACCGCAGAAGGCAACUGAGCUGCCUACACUAGUAACUCCAUCGCUUUAUCCCAAGUUGGAAGUUGACCGCUCAGAUAAAGACCAUCUCCGUCAGUUAGUAUUAGCUUCAGAACUGCCACAUGUACCAGAAUCCGAGCUGAUGAAGCUAGCAGCAGCAGCAGCCGCCAAUAUGGAUGGAGUAGAGGAGGUGUCUCUCAGAGAGCAACAUAAGUACUGCUGCCUCUCACUGUCGCAGGAGGCACUUAACGAGAGACUGCGACAAGCCACCGAGCUAGAUCCCAGUGAUAGCGAUGGUCUUCGUGAUGGACCGCUAUUGGGUCGUGUUUCUCGCAUCAGAAGGGCACAUUCAUCCAGGUUACGCAGUGCUAAAUCAGGCAGGACAAGUACCAGUCAAGAUCAGCUGCUUUUAUUUCAGCACCUUGAGGACGCCGGUUCAAAUACAUCUUCAGAUAGUGGCCUUGUUAACCCAACCUUUGUGCAGGAUCGGUCCAGGCCCAUUGCAGAUGCAAGAUCCGUCAGAAAUAUGCAGUCCUCUGAAAAUGAGAAACGGAGAGGUUCUGUGAUAACAGAUGCAUCUGAUGUACAGAGUGAGAACAAAAAGGUGGUAUUGGCUCAGAAACAUUCCAGCAUUCAUCCACGACCAAGGCCAAAAACAGCGCGCAUUAACAGGGUUGCUCCCUCAACCACCGGCUCCAUCAGAAGAAUUGGGUCAGCUGCGACAGUGCCUAGUGUUCAGCGAGAAGUGAAUGGCAAUUCAGAUCCACCUGUUUCGCCUCCAGAUCCACUUGACGCCUGGAGUACACGCAACAUUGCCAACAUGAAUGUAUUACUGGAGUGGGAUAAAGAUGCAGAAAGCUUGUAAAUCAUUACUGAAUUUUAAUUUAUUUAAGUGAAAACUGACAAACAAGUUGUAUGAGAUAUUGGGUCCUAAAAUUAUGCAUCUCUUUGGAGGAACUCGAUAAACCUUUUGCCAUUAGCGAAAUAUACACCGUAUUGCCAGAAUUUGGACAUUGUUCAGUAUUUAAUUUCCUCCUCUUCUGCUUCUUCCACCAAAGACGUCACGAUAUGUGGGUCAUCUGACAACUAAGCAUCUCCGUCUGCCUAUGUCUUGUCAGAGCUGGUGCUCAUGUCAUCAUGAAAAUUCUAAAAUUCUUCUGUUAGAAAUUCAAAGUAAAUAUGAGUAUUUAAAAAUUUGAUGUAAAAUACCUGUAAUGUUGGAAAAUAUUGUCUGUGUUUUGUUCUAUCAUAAAUAAAUAUGCUUUAUUGAUGAAAUUAUUAUUACAGUUCGCCUCGGAAGCAGGUCAUGGGGUCUUUGGCUCCUCAUAAAUCUUACUGCCUCACCUACACUAUAAUUCUGAACUAGUUUAACACAGGGGCUAAAUAAAUCAUAGGGUUGUAAAUUAAGGUAUAAUUAAAAAUAUAUGGAAUACAAUGAAAUAUAUUUUUCAUUGUAAAAUGAAGAUGUAAGAAAAGGUCUUGCAAAGAAGGAAUAAAGGAGUUGCAUGAACUCAAA